CCCGACAUGUUUUCCUCCUCCUCCUCCUCCUCCUCUCUCCUCAGUCCGCCUUGUUUCCAACCAUCUCUGUCUUUCUCUCAGUGCUCCGCCGCUGAGUCAAGGUGACGACCCGUGUCCCGCUCUUGGGGAAUUUUUAUUUUUGAGGAAAGUCAGACGACGUCGACACCUUCGAGGGACAAGUCGAACCAUCCGAUCAGAGGCGACCGUCAAUUUGUCUCGAAACCACAGCAAAAAUGGAUCCGAUGACUCAGUCCGCGCAGAUAUCAUCGUCGCAAGGGUUGGCCGAUGGGCAAAAUUCCGCUGCCAAAGAUUCAAAGCUGUCCGAUUCCUUUCUUUCCUCUUCGCCUGUAUCUCUCAUUCAGUCUCCUCAAGACAAAAGAGUUGUCCUGGGCUCUGAAAAGCCCUGUGAAGUUGUAGCGACAUCCCUACGCUUUCCUUCUCAACCUGGCUCAUUCACACCUGGUCACUAUGCGAGUGAGGCAGGGCCACCAGAUGGACAGCCAGAUUCACCAAUAAAGACAUCACCGGUUUCUGAGCGAAUAAAGGCAUUGGAAGCUCUUGCGGCCAAAAAGAAGGAACCUGACUUUAGAAGUGAGGGAGGUUUCUCUCACUUCAGAGAUCGCCACUAUGACAAGUCUCCCACUGAAAUACAAAAAUCUCCCACUGAAACCCCCAAAUCUCCCAGUGAAACCUCAAAAUCUCCCACUGAAACCCCAAAAUCUCCCACUGAGAUAAUCGUACCAACUAACCAGAAAAAAGUCGGGUCUGUUGAGAAGGAGUCACCAGAAUCCCCUUUUGAAGUACUUGGAGAUUUAAGACAAGUGAAUGAAUUUGAAGAAACAGAAGUGUGGAUGAAGGCUCAUUUACCUCCUGUGCCUGACUUCGAUGCUGUAGAUCUAAUCAAAAGUACCCUGGUUUCCAGUACUGUUACAUUAAAGGAAAAGGAGGAGACUGACGUAGUUUUGCCCGAUACCCCUGCUAGCUUUGCUGGAGUCCCUGAUGCUUUCAUGGAUUCUCCUAUUGUAACUUCAGAACUGAAGGCUGAGAUAAGUGAUGCACAUAAGCAAGAGGAGGAGGCAGAGUUUGACCUUACUUUUUUGCCAACAGCCUACAUGUGGGAUCAGCAGGAAAAAGCAGUCGUCCAGGUUCAAGCAAAUCUUGAUUCAGAGCUUCCAGCGUCACCUGCUCCUCCUGCAGGCUUUGAAUCCCCAUCUCCUCUUAUCGCCCCACCAAUUGACAUGAAUGAUAAACAGAAUGUUAUGCAUGACAAGAAGACCACUUCUGGAGAUCUGGAGCCGCCAGAAGCAAGUGAAGCAGACAGCUCAGGAGAGUCAGAUGACACUGUCAUUGAAGAUGGUGUCAUUGUCCCUACAUCAGUUCCCAUUACAUCAUCUGAACCCGCACUUUCAAAUGAUCCCACAACUGCCCCUGCCUCGACAGCUCCUGAUCUCCCCACUGAGGAAAAGGUGACCCCUCCACCAAGGUCAGAGCGGAAAUUAAUGCAGGUUCCGACAAUCAAUGUUAUUGAGACAGAUGAACCAAAUUACAGUGAAGAGGAGAUGGAAAUGGAGCUUGAAGCAGAUGAAGAUGAGGAUUAUGAAGUUGUAAAAGAUUCAACCAGAGAAGCUCCAAAAUCCCCUGAACCAGAGGACAGUGAAAAUGAACAACCCAAGACACGCCCCUUAGAAACUGAAAUCAUGGAAGGCUACUCUCCUCCAUCCUCACCUGUGGACUCUGAUGGUGAAUACAGUCCUAAACACAAGAUUCUUAAAGCUCUUCCAGAAGCGUACCACCAGGAGCCUAAAUCUGUGCCAGAGGCCCCACCCGAUCCAACUGUUUCAAAGGACUCUGAAUCUGACUUUUCCCAAGCACAUUUCAUGAAGUCAGAGAGUACUUUUAAUAAAGUAAAUGAUGAACCCUUACCUUUCAUAGUCCCAAAAGAAGAAGUGGACCUCCCAGACAAUGAUGACGAAUGGUCAGAUGAAGCACAAGAUAUGCUGGUUAAAUCUUGCAGUACAAAUCUUGCGUCCAAGGAAUCAGUUCCUUCCAUCCAAUCCGAAUUGGAUUUGAGUAGCAACACAGCUGUAAAAGAGACUUGCGUGGAAGUAGCUUCCCACUCUAAAACCAGCUUCAUUCAAGAUGAGAUAUAUGACAGAGAGUCUUUUGAUUACGAUUAUGAUCGAUCCUCGCCUGUGGAUGAGCAGUUUCUUUCUGACCCUUCUAAAAUCCACGUUCAAACACUGAAUUCAAGCCCUGCACAAAAUAAUGUUCUGGAGAACAAACAGGACUCUCAAACUCUCGAUGACUUUACUUCACCGAAUUAUUGUGAGACAUUAAGCAGCAUCAAUGAGCCAGAUUUCAAUAAUAUAACGCCCACAGAUGAUGUUUCAGAUAACAUUGCAAAUGGAAACUCUCUCCCAGCACAGAAAAUUGACACCGAGAUCCAGCAUGACGUGAAACCAGGUGUCCUCGAACCUGAGGCAACAAGGAUCCCAGAGAGUAUUGACCCUGACAGCGCAGUUUUGGAGCGUACAGAUAGCUUUGUGGAGUUUAUGAGAGAGUGCCUGAAAUCUAGGCAGGAUGAAGAACCUGACAACCAGCACCAAAGUGUUCUCUCCGAGUCCAAGUUCUGUGAAACUGAUUGGUCUAUCUCCCAGUCCCCACCAACCAUGGUGAUGGAUCUUGAACAAGAACAACUUACUAUCAGUGCUCUCAAAGAGCUGGGCAGCAGUCAAGAGGAGGAGGAGUUGGCAUCUCUUCAGUCUAAGCUUCCUGACGAGGACAAAGCUAAUUCCAAUGCUACAGUUAUAGAGCCGUCUUCCAAUACAUCAGUUCCUACCCCUCCAUGUUCCCAAAGUGAACAUGCAAUCGACAGCAUAUAUUCCAAAGAGGUGGAAGCCAUUGAUGAAUGGGUAGCUGAAGCCUAUCAUCUUGCUGAGCAUGUCUUGACUGCGAUACUAACCCACUUAUCAGUUAAGGAUCUGAUCCACUGGCGAGACCCCAAGAAGUCGGGCUUGGUGUUCGGUCUGUCCAUGCUGAUGCUGCUGUCCCUGGCAGCCUUCAGCGUCAUCAGCGUGGCCUCCUACCUGCUACUGGCCCUGCUCUGUGUCACCAUCAGCUUCCGCAUCUACAAGUCUGUGAUCCAGGCCGUGCAGAAGUCCAGCGACGGACACCCCUUCAAAACGCUGAUAGAUAAGGAUGUCAGCAUCCCCCCAGAGACCUUCCGCAAGCACGUGGACGCCAGUCUGACCUACAUCAACCGAGCCCUAAAGCAGAUGAGCCGCCUCUUUCUGGUCGAGGACCUUGUGGACUCCCUAAAGCUGGCUGUGGUCAUGUGGCUUUUGACCUACGUAGGAGCUGUUUUCAAUGGAAUCACCAUUCUGAUCCUGGCUGACAUCCUGCUCUUCGCCGUGCCUCCAGUCUACGAGAAGAACAAGACCCAGAUUGAUCAGUACAUUGACGUGGCACGUACUCAAGUCAACACCACAAUGGCCAAAUUGCAAGAGAAACUUCCUGGAGCUAUGAAGCGCAGCAAAACUGAAUGAUCACCUCCACCUCAUUAGAAACCUCCACAUCACCAUCAUCCUCAUCUCCAUCACCACCCUAACUUCCCCCAGACCCCUCUCCAAUUAACCCCCGCCCCCAGUCUAACUGCCCCUCCCAACUCCAUCUACCAUCACCACCCUACAACACUGAACCUGCUACAACUGCUAGGUAGAAAAUCUCUGAGCUACUCAAUAUUCAAUGUAAAACUACUGCGCAGCUUAACUUGCAUUAGAAAAGAACUGUGCCUGUGCAGACAGGAAGAGCAACGCUAGCGAGGAAGUGAUGUCACGCCACAGCGAUUCCCGCCUGUCUGUGGGCGUGCCGCAGGGGAAUGGAGGCAGGGUCGAGUGAACUAGACUGAAUCUAUGACCUGGUUUCAUCGUGUGCAGCGAGCAGGGGGGGUUUGAUGACUGUUCGUCACCAAAAAGCAAAUGUCUGUACUUAAAACCACACAUUUCCCCAAACAUCAAUGGAAAAUUUAAGCUGCAAACAUUAAAGAAAAAAAAAAAUAGAAAAAUAAAAUAAAGAAAAGCAACCUUUUGGGACUUACUGUGGAUAGUCUUAUCCUGCUCUGUUUUCUGGAUAGAUAUGAGUUCAUAUUUGGAAGCUGGUUAAUGGGUCUGCUGUUAUUAAUUGGCCUGUUUAUUGGGUUUGUUUCCAUUCACCUUACAGGCACGUCUGUAUGUAAGUUUCUGCAAUGCACUGAAUUUUCUUUUUUAAACCAUAAGCAGGGUGAAAUAAAAGGUUUGGAACACGGAGCCAGCUGUGAUAAUUUGGUCUAGUUCACCGUCUUGAUCAGAUGCUUUUUUGGAACAGUUCUGUUUGUAUAUAUUCACCUGAAGACAACUGCAGGCUCUCUGCUGUGUGGAACACGUAAGCCUCGCUUUUUAUAUCAAAGGACAGUUCCCUCACAGCAGUCCUAACUCCUUUUAUGUCGCACCUGUUCAAGCCACAAAGUGUUGAUCUCACAUUCACUUGUACAUUUUGAUUCUUCUUAUCACUACUUAUUACUAUUAUUGAUAUGAAUUAGAAUGGCUGCUUUGACUCCCUACUAGCUUGACAUUGUAAGAGUUACGUUAGUGUCACUGAGCGUCAUCAUUUACACUGAAGGUCUUUCAGAAUAGACUCCUGAUGGGUUUUUUAGGUUAUGAAAUACUCUUUUAAAGUGUUAUCACAACCCUAAAUUUCAAAAUGGUUUCACAAAUGAAUUCGUGAAUUUCAGUAAGAAGUCAAGAGUGUGUUAAAGCCUUAACAGAGUUACACAGAGCUGCUUUUGAGAAAGGGUUCGAAGCUCUUGGAUAUCUUUUUGUCAAAUUACUUUAAAAUUUAAGAAUUUAACUUUUAAUUGACACAAAUUGUUCAUUUGUUGAAUCUGCAUGUAGCUAGUCCCAUGGUAAAUUAAUUGAUUUAAAAACAAUCUGUCUUUGAAAUUCCGUUUUAAUAAUUGCAUGUUUAAAAGGAAUCUCACAUUCCUCGCUUUUAUGUUGCAAAUUUCUGGCCAAUCAGCUCCUGUUGCUCCCCUGUGGGCGGAUCUUCAAUUGUUAUUUAAUUGAAACAUUAUUUAAACAUAUUCAAUCGUCAGGCAGGAGACAAAUUGUGAGAUAGAAUGUGAAUCGGCAGACUCGGACUCUAGUAAUUAAUAGCAUUUUAUGUAAAUGUAAUUAGCAGUUAACUAUACUAAUUACACAAUAUGAAAAUAAAAAGAAAUAACUAUCAGAACGAUUUAUUUAAUGUUAUUGAAAUAACACAUUUUAGACUUCGUACCGACCUCAGUGGAGACGUGAGAGACAUUUUAGACCUGAGGGGUUGGUGUAACAAACCCGGGCAGCGAUAUUUUGAGUGCAGCUGGUUAUUAUAGAGCUCUGCUUAACUUUCUUUUUCUCUGACUGCCAUGAAGCGCAUGUCAUAGUAUAAGCUGGAAAGAUCUCACCCUUUAUAUAGGCUGUAUCAUAUUUUUGACCCUGACUUUUGUUUAAUAUGAUUAUUACUUGUGAUCGUUUCAGUGGUGUUUUUGAACUAAAAAUAAAAAACCAUACUUAUGUGUCAGCACUACUGCUACAUCUCCAUAUUGUUUUUAAGGGAGGAGUAUGUAGAGGGAAAUGAAAUUACAGGUGUGUUCGUGUUGCUUUCCAUUUCCUAUAACCGCAAAGUAAGCUUGCACAGGGUACAAGCCGCUGAAUGCUAACAGGCCGGCAGUGGAGGAAUCGUGCUGUCACUGCUUCUCGGUGCUGACACGACAGGUUUCUGUGCUGAAUGUUUUCUCUGGUGGAACAUUCCUCUCCAUGCAUGCCCCACCUCUGUGUGUCACCUACCCAAUGCCAUGGUUAACUCCUCAUGCAUGGUGUCUCAUUCAGACUCCGGGUGUUCAAACCAAAAUAUGCAACAUUUAUGUUGGAGAUUUCACCCCCUCCCUCCUCAGGUUGGUAGCUCACCUGAGGCUGAGCUGAGCAGCAUCAGUACGGCCUCUUCAGGCAGAGUGGUGGUGGGGGGGGGUCAGGCCAUGACGCAGAGAAUGACAGAGUUUUUAUGCAUCCUGCUUAUUUAUUUGAAUGUGAAGAAGUUGCAUAUUGCAGCUUUAAAAAGUUACAUUCUCAUUUUCAUCUAAAGGUUUGACGUAAACUACUGGAAUACAAAAUGUUUGGUUCAGUUUAUUUAAAGGAACGGUUCAAUCAAAUUGCAAAAAAAGAUGAACUGCACCUACAUUGCUAACUUUUUUCCCUGUGAGAUAUUUGCUUUUACUUGAUUACAGUAGAGGUGAAUAGAUUGCAUUUGGACAUUUCAAAAAUCCACAGCAAAAUCCAAAAACAGUGUCCUAUGGACUAUGACUUCUUCCAAACUAAAUUCCAUUACCCUCUGUUGUGUUAUGGUGGAGGUAGAAAUAGGACAAAAGCUACAAAUGGAAAUGUUCUCUGAAGUCUGUUAUAAUAAACUAGAGGCAAAUCCAUUUGCAAGGCCUGAUACUGCUGGGUUUGUUUUGUUCUUUGGUUGAACCGACCCUUUAAUUUUCCAGCAGCUACCUUUAUGCACUGCACCUAUAGGUGAAACUAAAGACCAUGUUACCUGCUGUAUGUUAGUGUGCUACCAGGGUAAACACAUCACUGCGACUCAGAGCUGUAGUUGGCUUAUCUCUUUAGAGUCUAAUGUAUAAUAUGAAUAACACUUGACACAUUGAACCUGUUCCCUCACAGCAUGUUGCUUUGCUCCUUUUCCUGUUUGUCCAAGUGUGUCUUCAUCGGGUUAGGGGGGGGUGUGUGGCAGGAGUGUGUUCGACUUAUCUCGUCUCUGAGGAGUCUCGUUUUGCUUCUGACUCUUAACUGGUAUCUAGAUGUUGUUCACUAACAUCAGCUUUGUUUUGUAUUAGAUAUGACUUUGGUUUUUGAAGCUUUGGGAAAGAUGUUGCAGGAAAAAAAAAAAGGAAAAUUGGAAAAAAAACGUAUGUGGUCUCUGUACUGAUGUCAAAGUGAAAUUAAUAAAAACACAUCAAAGGA